AUGCGGGGCAGCCCCUGGGAGCCGGGCAGGGAGCUCACCCAUCUCUUGUCUCCUGCCCCCUGCCAGGAGCGCAAGUCCUACAAGUGGAAGCAGCUCCUCUUCUUCUUCACCUUCAUCACGUUUGCCUUCGCCGUCUGCGUCUACUUCCACCACAACUGGUACUGCGGGCCCGGAGUAUACACCAUCUUCGCCUUCCUGGAGUACCUGGUGGUGCUCUCCAACAUGGCCUUCCACAUGACCGCCUUCUGGGACUUCGGCAACAAGGAGCUGGUGGUGAGCUCGCUGCUGGAGGACAAGCACUUCUAGCAGGCUGCAGGGGGGCAGAGCCCCU